AUGCAGAAAGUUAAUAAUAUUCCUGAAAGACUGUUUCUCACUCGUCUUUCCGAAAGUUACAAAUGUCGAGCAGGUGACAAUGUUCUUCUUGAAUGUUACGUUCGUUGUCAGCGCAUCAAAUCGAUUGCUUGGUACGCUAAUGGUGAACCGGUCGAUGUACGAGGUGUACGCAUUUGGCAUCGAUAUGAUCCAGCGACCGGACACUGCAUGCUCUGCAUCCGUUCAGUACUCGAUUGUGAUUCUGGCUCAUACCACUGUGAAGCGACAAGCCGCGACAACGUGGUGGAAACUUUGGAAGUUAAAUUAACUACUGACGAUCGAGACAAAGUUUGGAAGAAAAUUCCCAUAUUAAAUAUGGCUGGUCGAGUCAUGCCCGGUGGUGCUAAGAAACUAAUGACGAGUUGUCCAACAUGA